UCCUCGGGGCGGGAAGGGGCGUGUCCCCCGGCAGCGCCCCCUGGCGGCGGAGGGCGGAGCGGGCCAAGAUGGCGGCGGAGCCGGGCCCGGGCCCGGGGCCCGACGCGGAGCUGGACGAGCUGCUGGAGAGUGCCCUGGACGACUUCGAGCGCAGCCGCCCCGCGCCCCCUCCCCCUGCCAGCUCCUCCUGCCCCCCGUCCCCCCCUUCGGCCGCCGACUCCGCCAAGGGCUCGCUGUUCUCCUCGCAGGAGAGGUUCUUCCAGGAGCUCUUCGAGGGCGAGCUGGCGGCGCAGGCGGCGGCCGAGUUCCAGGAGGCCAUGCAGGAGCUGGCCCGGCAGGAGCCCCAGCUGGUGGAGCAGUUCCAGAAGCUCUCGGAAGCUGCUGGCAAAGUCGGCAGUGACGCGGCCUCCCAGCAGGAAUUCACCUCCUGCCUCAAGGAGACCCUGAGCGGGCUGGCCAAGAACGCCAACGACCUCCAGAAUUCCCCGGGAUCCGAGGAGGAGCUGGCCAAGGCCCUGGAGGGGCUGGGGCUGGACGAGGGCGGCGGGGACGGCGUCCUGCCCGUCAUGCGCAGCAUCAUGGAGUCCCUGCUGUCCAAGGACGUGCUCUACCCCUCCCUCAAGGAGAUCACCGAGAAGUACCCGGAGUGGCUGCGGCAGCACGAGGGCUCGCUGUCCCCGGAGCAGCGGGCGCGGUUCAGCCAGCAGCAGGCGCUGAUGCUGCGGAUCUGCGCGGAGCUGGAGCGGGAGCGGCCCGAGGAGCCCGAGGGGCAGCGCCGGGAGCGCUUCGAGACCCUGCUGGACCUGAUGCAGCAGCUGCAGGACCUGGGCCACCCCCCCAAGGAGCUGGCAGGGGACACGCCGCCAGGACUGAGCCUGACGGGGGAGCAGUGCCGCCUCAUGUAGGGCACAUUUGGGGUGUCCCCCUGGCUUUGGGGUGUCCCCAUGGCUUUGGGGUGUCCCCAUGGCUUUGGGGUGUCCCCAUGGCUUUGGGGUGACCCCACAGAUUUGGGGUGCCCCCCUGGCUUUAGGGUGACCCCAUGGCUUUGGGGUGACCCCAUGGCUUAGGGGUGACCCCAUGGCUUUGGGGUGUCCCCAUGGCUUUGGGGUGCCCCCCUGGCUUUGGGGUGUCCCCAUGGCUUUGGGGUGUCCCACUGGCUUUGGGGUGCCCCCCUGGCUUUGGGGUGACCCCAUGGCUUUGGGGUGCCCCCCUGGCUUUGGGGUGACCCCACAGAUUUGGGGUGCCCCCGCAGAUUUGGGGUGCCCCCCACCCCAAAGGAGCUGAAGAGGAGCCCAGCAGCGGGGUUGGCGCCUCCCCCCCCCCCCCAAAUUUGGGGUUUUUUGGGGUGGGGGGCGCAGGGACCCCCCCACGUGGGGAGGUGUCCCCCCCCUCAGCCCCGGUGACCCCAAUAAAGAGUUGGUGACGGGAA